CAUGCAAACUCCAUGCAGACCCAGAACCUUCUUGCUGCAAGGCAACAGCUCUACCAACUGCACCACUGUGAAGCCCCACAAUAGAGCAACAAAGCUGUAUUUUAUCACUUUUCUGGAUAUUUUUUUCUUUGAAAGAGAGAAAACGUAACGGCUUUAUCAAUAAUUGGAAACGCAUUCAUGUCCGGAAGAAUCUAAGCCAGUCCGCAAAAUAUUUUCCAAAACAGCUUGGGAAUUAUCACGAUGUGUUUUAUGAUUUGCACUUAGUAAGUAUGUGCUGGAUGCCAUUUUUUUGUCCAGUGUUUCUUAUUGUCAAACAUCAACCUUAACUGAGGCAGUACUUUGGUGGUUUCCGGGAUUAUUUUGUGACCUCCUGAGUCGAUGUUGAUUUAUUUUUGCACUAUUUUGAAGUUAUUUUUGUAGAGUGCUCACACCUGGAAACGUUCCCUCUUGCUCCAUCCUGUUCCAUGUGUAGAUAACGACCAACGCUGCUUUUUUCUGGAGUCCCAAAACCUUAAAAAUGACAAUUUAAUCUUUUGCAGACUGUUUUUGUUUGACUCAACCCUUGAAUUUCUUUAGUUUGUGCUAUUAUGUUCUUUGAGAUCUUUCACUCUACUUCAUGUCGUCAGACAGGAUUUACACCUAUUUUUAUGCUACAGGUCUGGCAGCAAUCACGCCCGUGUGUGGCUUGUGAAACUGAACAAAAGAAAUGUUGCCGAUCACAGUUAAUUCCUGAUUUAACAAGGAGGCAAUUGUGUUUUCACAAAGGACCAAGUUAGAUUUGAAACCUUGGUUUUGUGGGUUUCUUGUAUUUUGUCUCUGCCUGAUAUCAAAGCUACAGUUGGAUGACAAAGAAGAAAAAAACCCGCAAGAAAUCUGUGGGAGAAAUCCACCCAUUUUCCCAAAUAAAGCAAUAAAAAUACAGGUCUUGCUACUAAAAUUUUUUUUACUACGCUAAUAUUUUGCUCCUGCAGCACUGUUUUUUUGACUGUAGGCCUAUAUGAUGAAUUUAUUCUCUGAUCAGAGCAUCGUGUUCAACGUGUUUGCCGUGUUCCUUCUGGAAGGCUUUUCCUUUUGACAAAUAUUUCUCUUGUCCGCAGAUCCACCCACCUCAUUUGUGGAUCUCUGCAGCUCCUCCAGAGUCUUUGGUUGGUUCUAGAUUAGGAAAGGGGUGACAAUUACUUUUUGCAAGGCUCUGUAAAUUUGAACAAUGCAGUCAGACGGGCUACAAGCGUGAUUUUUUUUGCCAUCUUUUUUUUUUUGAAGUCUAAACAAAGUGACUCACUGAUUUGAUUUAACCCUGUAAGAGAAAUAUUUUGGGCAUAAGUCUUAAAAUUGUUUUGAGUCUAAGGUGAUUUGGGAAAAUCAGCCCAGCAGCACGUGGCGUUGCCUUUCUGAAAGAAGCUUUUGCAUGUUAUGAAUGUAAUAACAACAGCAUGUCAUCACAAAGGAGAAGUGGAAAUCACAGAAGCAUGCUUUAUACUGCUGUGAUUGAUAGCACAAAUAAGACUAUAAAGUUGCGGGUAAGUGUUUUUUUCAUCAAAUAAACAUCUUCUUAAUGCAGCGCAGAUGUUGAGUGAAUGGGGUAAUUGUUGUAGAACGAAAUGUAAAUGAGCCUGAUGCAUUUUGCUGUGUUCUCGGCUGGCUCCGCAACUGUAUACUCGCAUUGUUGUUUGACUAUAUCUGCGUUCUUGUUUUCACGAUUUCCUGGAUUCAGGCUGGGUGACCAGUUCUAUAAAGAGGCCAUUGAACACUGUCGCAGCUACAAUGCCCGCCUCUGUGCUGAGCGCAGCGUGCGAAUGCCCUUCUUGGACUCGCAAACUGGUGUGGCACAGAACAACUGCUACAUCUGGAUGGAAAAGCGCCACCGCCGACCAGGCCAGGCGGCGGGGCAGAUGUAUACGUACCCGGCUCGUUGCUGGAGGAAAAAGAGGCGACUCCACCCACCCCUGGAUCCCCAGCUCCGCCUGUGUGAGCUCCGGCUAGAAGCUGAUCAGGCGCCCAAACGCGAGGGGCCUCCCGGGGAGGCCACCGCCUUGGAGGCGCUGUUGAGGGGGGACAACGCCUUGGAGAAAAAAAACAUCAGUAAAGAUGACGAGACGCUUCUGGAAAUACAGAGAGUUCUGGAAGCAGAGGAAAACGGGGACAGUUUCCACGAAGAUGAAGAGUUUGAAGGAGACACGCCAAAGAAAAAGAACAGGAAUAGAGGCAAAAGCAGAGGAUCGACUCGCAGAAGGACAGAAUCUGUUAAUGCAGAAGACCUGGAUAAACCUUACAUCUGUGACAAUAGGUACAAACAAAAGCAUAACUCAAAAAAGGCUGAAGAAGUCUGUGGGAAGCGCUACAAGAACCGUCCGGGCCUGAGCUACCACUACACCCACACUCACCUGGCCGAGGAGGAAGGCGAAGAGGAGAAGGACGCGGAGACGGCUCCGUCGUCGCCUCACAGUUCGGACAACCACAAACCUCAGAAGGGCUCUGAUGGAACCAUCAUUCCCAACGAUUACUGUGACUUCUGCUUGGGGGACCAGGACGCCAACAGGAAAACGGGGCAGGCGGAGGAGCUGGUGUCCUGCUCCGACUGCGGUCGCUCUGGUCACCCCACAUGUCUGCAGUUCACAGAGAACAUGAUGCAGGCGGUCAGGACGUAUCAGUGGCAGUGCAUCGAGUGCAAGUCCUGCAGUCUGUGCGGAACCUCCGAGAACGACGACCAGUUGCUGUUCUGCGAUGACUGCGAUCGGGGAUAUCACAUGUACUGUCUGAAGCCUCCGAUGACCCAGCCUCCUGAAGGGAGCUGGAGCUGUCACCUGUGUCUGGACCUGUUAAAAGACAAGGCCUCGGCUCACAUAGAAGCAUAAUAGGAACCAUGGGAUUAUUCACAUACACACAGCACCAUGGAAAAGCAUUGCUACCCCUUCAGAAAACCUUGAAAAGUGUGGCAUGCCCCAAAUCCAAACUUUAGUUUGACUCUUUUCACUCUUUGGUUAGCACAAAGUCCAAACUCAAGUCUUUAGAUGACACCAGUCAUCUGUGGCAUCUUCUGGUGGCUUUUCUAUCAACAAACGUAACAUUCUCGCCCUCAGCACCGCCGUUGCCGACUGGUUAUGUUUUUGUGAUCUUUUUUCUAUCUUGACCUUAUUGAUAUUUAAAAGGUAGCUGACUUUUGAAGGAGAAUCUGCUGCACUGUGUUUUAUUUAGUAAUGUCAAAGUAAAGGGGUUCGCUAAUACAAAUGCAUUCCGCACAAUACAAACUUUUAUUUGGAAAAAAAAACAAAACACAUUUGCUUUUCCUUUGCACUACUUUGUGUCGGCCAAUCAAAAAAAAAAAAAAAAGACUUUAAAUGAGGCCAUUACUUUAGCCUGAUGUGGAAACUUUUAUCCCAUUUUUUUUGCCGGGCAUGGUACACAAUAAGUAUUUGUACAUACCUUUUGCAGUUUGGUAGAACCACACAUGUGGAGCAAAUUUCCUGGACAGAAUUUAAAAACCCACACAGAGAUCGCAAACGGCUCUCAAAAUACCCCCACAUGCACACAUUCCAGUACAUUAGCAGCUUCCUGUUUAAGAAGACAAAACCUUUUACCUCUCAUGUAGCCGAGCAACACUCAACAGAUGCACAUGUCAUCAGCGUGCAACCUCGACCGCAGGUCAGCGAACAGCAGGUCUACCGCUCAAGCACAUCUCUACCUCAACACCCAGUGGACGUCAAGGAGCCAAGGCAGAACCAAUAACCCGCUGUUGUUGUUCGGUUUACUUAGGACAUGCGUGAUAAGUGUUUAGAAGGUGGCGUAUCACUUCUUUUCCUCUGCUGCUCUGCGGUCUCCAGCCGGGAGCAAGCUGAGUUAGUUUGACUGAUUUCUGUUUAAAGUGCUCCCUCCAGCUCCGCUCCGAUGUUUAGACUCUGCAGUGACAUUCCUGGCUUAUAUCUGGGAAGACUCUGCACUGGUCUUCCCAGUUUUUCACCGGGUGGUGUCAAACCUCGCAAAUUUACAUCCAGAGCCGAGAGGAAAUGAACGGAUUGGAAGCGCUUCGACUAUCGUUUUUUUUUUUUUUGUUGUUGUUUUUUUUAAUCCACGUCUGUCUUCUGUAUCCUUUGAGUUAGUGUUAUUUCUGGUGCUUGGCAAACAGAUGAUUUCACCUUUCUUUAUAAUUAUUUAUAUGUUGCUGAUAAUCGCUAAGUCAUGCUGUCAGUGACCUCAUUUACUCUAAAUCACGGAUUCCCAAACUGUUACUGUUCCCAUCUCAACAAAGUACUAUUUAUGGCACAACUGCGUCAUCUUUUACAGAUAAAUUAUACCAUUUUCUUAAUUUACAAAAAAUAACCUUUGCUUAGAUUACGUCCAAAGCAUGAAUGAAUAAAGACAAACAAAUUGUAAAUAUAACUCAUCAGCUGUGUCAUCACUAAGCUAAAGCUUCACUCUGUCAAAUCGUUUAAUUUUACACUUAAUGCUGGAUUCUGUUAAGCCCAAAGAUGACGCCUCUUUAAUUAACGCUACGGCAAACUAAACUCUAGUUCUGAAAAAAUGUGUUCUUCAUUAUAAACUCUCACAGCAACUGAGAUUUAGGCAAGACUUCUUGGUUAAAAGGAGCAAAAGCUGCUGAAAUAUGCAGCUUGCAAAACAAAACCCUCAGGCAAAGAUGAAUAGAAAUUAUUCAUAUCUACAGAUUUAUCUUCUUUUUUUUUAGCAGAAGUAGAAACUCAUGCUGGAAGUUUGGAAAAGAAAAAUCUUGACUUUGAAUAUAUUCAGUCAGGAAAAAAAGACAUUAAAAAAUCAUCCUUGUUGACACAACCAUUGGUGCCACAAUAAUUGGUAUAUCUGUUGUUAGUUUUAUUUGUAUUAUUUUGCACUUAGAAAACCUAAGGCAGCUACAGACAAUGGUUGCUUCAGUUCAGACAGUGUACCAGAUUUUAAAAAAAUAUAAUAAUCAGGGAGUCAGGCCCACAACAUCACAGAUCUUCCUCUUUAAUAUUUUUUUUAAGCGCAAGUAAAAAUGAAAAGUAGUUCUCCAAGAAAAUUACUCAUGUAAGUAUUUGGUAACACGGCUACUUACGUAUGAGUAACUGAUCAUGACAAAUUACGACAAAAGAAACACAUUUCCAAAUAAUUUUUAAAAAAAUAUAAAACUUAUUAAGCUAAUGUUUACAGUACAAAAUGUAUAUAUAUGUAAGUACUUCUAGUGACAAUAGUGUUUACUGUAUCUUUUUUGACCUACAAAUGGCACAAAGGCUCUGCAGACGGAAAAUAACGUUAAAACAACAAAGCUAUUGUACAAACAAGAGGUAUCACUCCGACAUAAACCCUAGGUUUGUCUCUGUGUCUCAAAUAUUUUUGGUUGACAUAUGUUUGUUCUUCAUUCUGUGAAGUUACUCACGCUGGGUAGAGUAUCCAGAAAUUUUACUCAAGUAAGAGUAGUGACACUUCCUAUUAGCAUUAUUUAAGCAGAAGUAAAAUGUGGCAUAGUAAAACUGCUCCUAGAAGUAAUUGUUGUCCAAAAAGUUACUCAAGUAAACAACUACAGUAGUUCUUACCCACUUCUGUGGAUUACUUGAUUUACUUUGAUGUGGGAUUUCCUCUCCUGCUAAAUAAAUGGACUCAGAUUUCCAUCAUUGUUAAUAUUAUAUUAUCUGAGACGAUGCCAAGAUAAAAUAAAAGAUGGAUUUAUUUGAAAAACCUUCAAACAUCCUAACCACAGGCUGAGUUUGAAGGGAUGUGUGGACAGAGAAACUAUCAAGAAUAUUUUGCUUAUUAAACACAGUCUUCUUGUUUAGCUACAUGUCUGUGUGUGAACAGUCACGUAAGAUGUUACACCUUUAAAAAGUUUAUUAUAGUUUUAUAUCCUUUUCCUGGAUUGUUUUUUACUUUACUGAUGCCACUGCUUUAAAUUAACCAAUGUGGAAAUAUAAACCUUAACCUCAGGCUCUCAAAAAAAUAAAAAGUACUUCAGUGCCCAGGUAGAAAUAUAUCAAAGUCUUCGUAAUGCAUUUCUGUCAGUUUAAAAUAACAACAUUUGCUCUAGUUGUACUUGAGAUGCUUCAGUAAACGUUUAAAACUCUUCAGCCGUGCUUUUGUUUGUAUACUGAGCUAAACUGGUGACAAAGCUAAUGCUUGUCUAAAAGUAAGUCUGUCCAGUAAGCACCACAAAAGGAAGAAAAAAUAGUAAAAAAUUAAAUAUUGUAUUUGUGUCUCGUUGUCGCGUGUUUGUUUUUGAUACUGCUUUCCACGGACAAUCAAACUGUAGCAUAGAAGUAGUAUGUUUAUAACAACGAAAGAUUUCCUAAUCGUUAAUAAAAUCUGUUUUUUUUUUUUUAAAUAAGUCAAUGUGUUUUAUUGUAUAAUAAUUUCACUAAAUGAAAUUUUGUGCAGCAUUUUGUUAAUCUAAAUUGUUCAAAUUGUGUCUGAAUAAAGAUUUAUCCAUAACUCCUGUUAGAAGUGUUUUUACAGACAUAAAUGAAGGAUUUCUUUCUGUAUGAAUAUAUUUAUAUGUGUAUAUAAAUAUUAAAAAAAUUUUAAAAUCAAAAUCACUAUCACUCAACAACUACAACAGCACCAAACCAGUGAAACAAUAGAGAACUAAUACUUAAAACUUUCCCUAAAAUUCACAUAAUCUUACUUGAAGAGAUACAUGUUAUUUUUUACAUGACCACUAGAGGUCAGUAAUGAGCUACUGAAAAUCUCUGUAUUAUCAGUGGUUUUCAAAACAUUUAAAAUAAGCAGCACAUUAGAAAGUACAACGUUUAGAAAUUACGACUGUUGCCCUAAAAUCCAAUAUGGCUGCAUUGCAUGUAAAAUCUCAUGACAAUUGCAACACAAAAAAAGGUUAAUCUACACUUCAAAACUGUCCUUUUUUGUGAACAUGUAGGUUAGAAAAAUAAUUUUCUUAAAGUGCCUUGAGACAAUGUGUUGUGAAUCAGCCCUACAUAUAAAUAAAUUAAAUUACAUUUAUUUUUCGGCAUUAACCAGGACAUCACUUUCUAAUAUUGACUCUCUAGACAACACUCCAAUAUAAUCAAAUGAAGACAGAGUAUUCAUUUGUUUAUGUUUUAUGGGUUUACAUAAAUUGACAAGAGUUACAUGAAGAACAUCUGCUCUGAUCCAGAGCAGAUCAACAACCUGUAGUGAAGGUUUUCCUCCUAAUUUCAUGAAAAAAAA